GCGGCGGCGAGGGCGACCCCUGGGAGCUGUCCCUGGAGGAGGUGCUGAAGGCCUACGAGCAGCCCGUCAACGAGGAGCAGGCGUGGGCCGUGUGCUUCCAGUGCUGCCGCGGGCUGCGCGGCGCCGAGCGCGGCUGGGGGCCGGCCGGCCGCAUCCGCGACCCCGCAGACCUCCUCCUGCGCAAGGACGGCUCCGUCUCGGCCCGCGGCGAGCGCGGCGCGGCAGAGCUCCCGCUGACCCUGACGCCCUUGGCUGAAGCACAGAUGGUGCAGUCUUUGGGCUUUGCGAUCUACCGAGCCCUGGACUGGGGGCUGGACGAGAACGAGGAACGAGAGCUGAGCCCCCAGCUGGAACGCCUCAUUGACCUGAUGGCCAACAGUGACUCCGAAGACAGCGGCUGCGGCACGGCAGACGAGGGCUACGAAGGGCAGGAGGAAGAGGAGGAGGCGGUGGCGGAGGGACCCCUGAGAGCUGUGCGCACUUUUAGCCAGGCCAUGCGGCUCUGUGCAGCGCGCCUCACCCACCCGCAGGAGGCCCAGGCCCACUACCAGGCUGUCUGCAGGGCCCUCUUCUUGGAGACGGUGGAACUGAAGGCCUUUCUGGCCAAGGUCCGCGAUGCCAAGGAGAUGCUGACAAAACUGAAGGCAGAGGAGAAUGAGCGGAGCGACCAGUCGUCAGCGGAUCUGGACAACCUGAGGAACACAGACUGGGCUCGGCUCUGGGUCCAGCUGAUGAGGGAGCUGCGGCACGGGGUGAAGCUCAAGAAGGUCCAGGAGAAACAGUUCAACCCGCUGCCCACCGAGUACCAGCUGACCCCCUUUGAGAUGCUCAUGCAAGACAUCCGGGCCCGCAACUACAAGCUCCGCAAGGUCAUGGUGGACGGCGACAUUCCCCCGAGAGUGAAGAAGAACGCUCACGAGCUCAUCCUUGACUUCAUUCGAUCCCGGCCGCCUCUGAGACAGGCUUCAGAACGGAGGCUGCGCCCAGUUCCCCAGAAGCAGAGGACGCUCCAUGAGAAGAUUCUGGAGGAGAUCAAACAAGAGAGGAAGCUUCGGCCUGUACAGUCCCAGGGCCCAAACCAGAAAGGCUUCGGCUCCCUGCCUUGCCUCCUGAACGCCUGCUCCAGCAGCGUCAAGUCCACCUCCUGCGUCAACCUUUCUGUCUCCGACUCCGGUGCGCUGCCCCAGCGCCAGAGGCCGAGGGUCUUGCUGAAGGCCCCCACACUGGCAGAGAUGGAGGAAAUGAACAUUUCGGAAGAGGAAGACUCGCCCAGCACAGAGGUGACGGAGGACCCUGGCGCCCUGAUGCCACUGAAGCGGGACCGCUCCUUCUCGGAGCAGGACUUAGCUCAGUUUCAGGGGGGCGACGAGGGCAGCAGCGACCAGUCGGGUUUGGAGAGCCUGGGACGCAGCGGGCCUGAGCCAAGGCCUCGCUCAGGUACCUCCAGCCCUGCAUGGACCAGCAUGGAAAAGGAGGGUUCCGUUCCAGCUAGCUACCACCAGGGCCCCUACGGUGCCAAUGCCAGCCCCACGCCCUCUGACCAGGGUGUUCUCAGCGCUGUAGAGGAGAAGUCAGAAGCAGGCUGUGGUCCCACCCCAGAGGUCAACGUGAAACAUUUGUGGCUGCAGGAGUUCAGCCACCCGGUUGAGAGCCUGGCGCUCACGGUGGACGAGAUGAUCAACGUGCGCCGGGUGCUGGUGAAAGCGGAGAUGGAGAAGUUCUUGCACAGCAAGGAGCUCUACGGCAGCCUGAAGAAAGGAAAGAUCUGCUGCUGCUGCAGGACCAAGUUUGCUCUCUUUUCCUGGCCUCCUGUUUGCCUCUUCUGCAAAAGGUCUGUCUGCAGCUCUUGCAGCCUGAAGAUUAAGAUGCCUUCCAAGAAGCUUGCCCACAUCCCUGUCUUUGCCUUGGGCUUUGAGACCUUGCCAGGCUCGCUGGGCACCAAGGCCCCCCAGUACCGGAGGAGGGAGGCCUUUCACUCCUUGCAGGGCACAUGCUGGCGCAGCGUGGAGGAGGAGUUCCCCAUCAUCUACGCGCACGGCUCCGUGCUCAAGGACGUGUGCAGCGACUGCUCUGGCUUUGUCACCGACGUCGUCAGCUCCAGCCGCAAAAGCAUGGACAUUCUGAACAGAACUCCCAGCCGGAGCCGCAAGACUCAGUCCCUCUACAUCCCGUCCAGCUAGACGGCUCGGCUCUUGGAACACGCAAAGCACCGCCGUGCCCCCCUACCGUACCCUCUGCUGGGCCUGACCCUGCUUGAACAUUUAAGGCAGCCGCGAGGAGGACACGGCCUCUCUGCCCAAGGAACCAUCGCUGGGCGUCUCCGGGAUGUGCUUCCUUCCCUGCUGUGUGUCUGCUCCAGCUGCCGCUUCCUUCCCUUCACAGACAUCUGCCGCCUGCGUGGAGACCUGUAGACACAUCUGUCGGGGGGGGGGGGGCUGGCUGCUGUGCCAACUUGGGCUCUGUUUGGUUUGGGGCUGUCCUGCCUGCAAAUCGAAGACUGGGCUAAGCAGCCCUUCUCCCCUCCCGUGGAGAGCAAGCAGGGCAUGUGGGGCGGGGGCAGCGAUUGCCGUGACACAACUUCUACCCCCCCCCCUCCCCGACCCCACAGGACUGGCUUGUCUGUACUGUGGGCGCCCAGCCCCCCCCCCAAACCACUGCUUGCAGGGAUGGCCAGCUGGGGGCGACGGCCUGCCCCGUCUGGGCACACCUAGAGCGUUCAAGAGCGGUGGGUCAUUCGGCCGGCCGCCCCAACCUCUGUUCUGCUCCUGCUUCCUCCUGCAGCGUCCUCAUUCCCGGAUCUUCCUUUCUCCCACCACCAGGGAGGAGGCAUUUUAAACCCUGGCCAGACCACCUCUGUCUGACCUCGUAGCCCUGUUUUUAUUUCAGAUGCUGUUACCAGGGGGCAGGGACUCUUCCCUGCCCGCCAACUCUGUUUUAUUUAUACAGUAAAUAAUAACCAACCUGUCUCUUUUUUUGGCAAGUGUUUAGAAAGAGCAUUUCUAGUUUGGGGGAGGAUGUGGGGCAGGGGGGCCAGAGUUAUGACUAGGGCCUGCCCCACGGCCGCAUCUGGUGGCUGCCAAGGGGCGUCGGCCGGGUGGUCCUUGUGCGGAUCGGGGCCAGGCUCCGUACCCUUCCUCCACCCCUCAGUUCAUAGCUGCCUGCUUUGGAGAGGAGAGGCAGGGAAGGGCUGCCUUGCCCCAAGUACCAAAGUGGUGGGGGUUUGGCUAUACCCAUCAGUGCUCAGCCACUUCAGGCUGCCCCGAGACGGCUUCUUGGCCUCUCUUUGGAUGGGCGGGGGCUGCAAGGGGCGGGGCUGCCAAUGUCCUUUCCCCUUGUGGCUGGUGCGUGGGGGCAGUGCAGGCUUUGCCCUGCUUGUCUCUUUCUCCUGGCAACUAUUUUCAGAGCCCUGCCAUAUUCCAAAACUGCACCAGGAGCCAGGGCUGUCAUGUCCAAGUUGAGUUGGGCCGGAGUGCCAAAUUAACACCCCUUGACUUCCCAGCCACUCUUUGCAGGAGGACAGGGCAGCAUCCCGCCGAGCUCUCAGCCCGCUCCUGUCCAGACGGGAACAGAAAUCUGGCUUGGCCCGUUCUGCAGGCCAAGAGUCUGGCUGGCAAAGGCUGCUGCUGGGGGUGGUUUGGAAUUGGCAGCUGAAGCCCACCCCCAGGGCCUCCGAUGUUCCUUGCGUGGCCCGGCUGUGUAACCUAGGCGUAUAAAGGCUCCGUGCUCACUGUGUGAUGAUGGUUGUCACUCCAAGGGAUUGAGGGGGGCAGCAGAGAGGCAGGCACUUGGCGUCCUUGCCCAGAGCUGCUCAGUGGCCUUGGAGCCUCGGCCAGCUGCUGGUGCGAAUGGAACUAUGGCCCCGAGGCCCUGACUCGGAAAGGGUGAACUGAACAUGGAGGGCCCUGGUUGCUUUCUUCCCCCAACCACCAAUAAGCCCUGGAGGUGCUUUGGGAUCACCCUUCCUCCCCAGGGAAAUCAAUUGCUCCCUGAGAGCCCCUAGUUUUCUACUGAGCAGGGAGCAGAGCCUAUACCUGCUGGGGUGUGUGAGUAACUAGUUGUGCAAUCAGUCGAUUGUUGCAUACAAAUCAAGGGUUUGCGCAUUUGCAGAACAGGUGGUGGAAAAGCGAUAGAGGCAGAGCAGGGCCAGAAAGGGCAGCCUGGCCUUUGCAGGUUCCUGAGAAAGCCACCUUGUCCUCCCUGCUGAUGGCCGCCCUCUCGUAGCCGUGCCUGGUGCUUGUCUUGCUUCGUGGGCCAGUCUGCUUGUGUGCCUCUGCUGCGUUGCGCUGCUGUCUCUGGACUCUGAAUUGCCUUAGCCAAGCACCCCUCCGUCUCUGCAGUCGUCCAUUGCACUCCACCUCUGAGAGGGGGGCAGGAUCUCCCGCCCCUCCUCCCGCCUGAACUUGCUCCUCUGGCCAAUGUUUUCCAAGCAAACCUGAACUGUAAAGAACUGUAAAUAAA